ACACGACGCUUGCGCGAAGCCUUCCAAGUCACGUGACCGUUUGCUUUUUUGAGCGUUUGCGAGGUGAGUUCCUCUCUGAAUUUCCUUCAGUUUUGCCAGUUUCUGCGUUUACUUCUUGUAAAAAGUGUACAUAAUAAGAAUAGAGCAAGAUGAGCUCUGUUAUCAGAGCCGGCCCGCGUGGCGGCAAAGGUGCUGCGAAAUCAUCCAGCGGCGACCUUACUCCAUCAAACAAAGCUCAGAAGACAGAAACUACAAAGACAGACACACCCAAAGCUUCAGACAAUGUUCCAAAGGGCAAAAACAAAGGUCAAAAUAACAAGGAGGCUCAUGCACCAUCGAGUGAUCGUACCGCUCAGAUCAUCAAGGAGGGCAACAAGGCCACUGCGGAACAAAUGAGACUUGCACAAAUUAUUGACACUCGAACUGAGGAUCCAGACAUGAAAAACAAAAUCAAGCAGGUUAUGGACGCCACGCGCAAGUCGGAGGACGAAGUGUGCACCGCUUUGCAUGACUGCGACAAUGACCUGGACAGAGCAGUGAAUAUGCUGCUUGAGGGCUCUGGAACUGGUGAGUGGGAAACAUCUGGAAAGAAAAAGAAGACUCGCAACCAAGCAGGUGCUGUUUCAUCUUCUCGCGGAGAAAAGUCUGAAGGCGCUGCCAGGGAUCGUAGCGAACCUGGUGAUUCAACGGUCGACCGAGAGCGUUCCCGCACCAGAGGUGGUGGUCCUCCUCGAAUGCGGGGCCGUGGCUCCUCAGACAGCCGUGGAUGGCGCGGUAGAGAGAACAAAGAGAAUGAGAAGAACUUGCAGGAGGAGGGCGGUGUCAAGGGUGAAUCAGCCCCUAAGCGGGGUGCCGGCAGAAUGGCCAACGGGCCAGGAAGAUCUGGCCGAGGUGGUAGGGGUGGCGGUCGAUCGGGGCCUCGUACCUUCCAAGGCAGGGGGGAGAAGGGAGGCUUUCCCAAGUCGAUAGAGACGUGGGACCCCCAUGGGGACAACGAGGCUGAGACUAACGCUAAUGGUGCUGACUACGGCGUGGGAGAGUGGAACGACAAUUUCCCUGUGACUGAAGAUUGGGAUAACGAGGAAUACACCGGCUCCCUGGCUGAUACCAAGGUAUUCACACCGAGCACAGCGCCGAGGCCGUCGGCCAUGGAGGCGGUCGAUGCCAUGGACCGUGAGAUGGCCGCUGUCGUGGCCAAAGGUCUGUCUGGCGCGGCGAGCAGCCUCGACACGGCGGCCAGUAUGCUUCCGCAGUCGCUGACCACCACACCGAACAAGCUUACACCAGCACAAUCUCAGUACUUCUCUCAACUGACCCAGGUGGCAGCGGCAAAUGAAUCCCUGAAGGCCGCUGUCGGAGUCGGCGCAUCAUCCACCAACGGGCCCAAGGAACCGAUCUCGUAUGUCUCCGCUGUCAACUCUGGUGGCUACGCGGCCACUGCUGGAAACUACCAGUCGUCUAGCCCUGCGUCAUAUUCGGCGACAGCAUCUUACUCUGCAACAGCAUACGGUGGCUCGAACGCCAGCUACAGCAGCCAAAUUAAGAACUCAGCGCAGUCGCUGCCUCACCAGCAGAAACAGACGGCUCCCCAAUCUCAACAAAACCUUCAGUCCAGACCAAAGGUGCAGCGUACAAGGCUUCCACCCCCUUCAAAAAUUCCAUCCUCUGCUGUUGAGAUGCCUGGCGACGCGACCACGGCUCCAGGGUUGGACGUGCAGUUCGGAGGACUCGAGUUUGGCUCAGAUUCGUUUGAGCUCUCGAAGAGCACGCCAGAGUCGAAUUCCAAGUACAAAACCUCAUCCGACCUCAAACAGGGUUCCGGUGGUAGUGGGCCGCCGCUUGAUCUUAGCAGCAUGAGUUUGAACAGCAAGGGCCAACAGGCUCAAGAUAACAUGACUGCCUACUCGAGCUCGGCUGGAGCUCAGACUGCCAAUGCCAAGGACCUGAGCCAGACCAGCUUGUCUGCCAUCUCUCACAGUCAAAAGUUGGGAGGAACUGAUUCCAUGACAUUCCCUGCGCAAGUAAGUGACCACAAGGCGCAGCAGCAGAGCGGCUCUUACCGGCCACCUGUCAGCUCAACUGGCAUCGAGUCAGCCAAGCCGGACAACCUGGCUUACUCGAACAGCAACAACACGAGCUCCAACUACCAGAGCUCAUACCAGAAGUCCUAUCAGUCGGGGUCGAGCUACCCGUCGUCAGGGCCGGCGAGCGGCUACUCGUCUCAGGUUUCGUCCUCGCAGUACCCUAGCGGGCAGACGCAGGGCCAGUCGUACUCGAGCGGUCAAUCGGGUUAUGGAGGAAACCAAUCGUUCCAGUCGUCGAGCGCCCCAACCACCACUUACAGCCAGACUAGCAGCACAAACACCUACCAUCAGUCGACUGGUGGAAACACGUACCAGGCAUACCCGUCGAUAGGCCAGACCGUUUCGGCCGCCACUUCAUCCACUUACAACCAGCAGUAUCCGCAGAGCUACAUUACCUCAGGAUCUGGCACAGCGUACACCGCAGCCAACAGCACGCAGUACCCGGGCAACUACGGGAGCAACGGUCCAACCACCACCACGUCUUCUUUGCACAGCUCCAGUUCGGUCAGUGCCAGCAAAAUGGGCUCCAGCAUGGCGUCGUCCAAGGAUGGACAGUAUGAUGCUCCCAGCAGCGGGACAACGUCAAGUUCUACAACGCAAGCCUCUGCUUCACAGGCCCUUGGUCUCACUUCCACUGGCCAGAGCAGCACAGCUAGCACCAAAGUUACAAGUUCAACUGCAGGUGUUCCACCAGCGAUGCUUAGCCACCAGCAGCAGUACAUCAUGGGGCAGGGCCAGGUGCCGUACUUCAACGUGCAGCAGCCAAUCUACAGCUUUGAUGAUUUCCAACACCAAAUGCUUUCAUCUCGGGUACCAAUGCAGCAGACGCCUGGUGGCUACUACGACAUCAGCAGCCUUACUGGACGGGAUAGUGGUAUGACCAGUGUGGCUUAUUCUGUGUCCGGCGACGGCAGGUACACCAGAACUGACAACAAUUCCAGCCCAGUUCCUUCCACCCUUUCGCAACAGAACGCGACCCCGACCCACCAGCAGCCUAUGCUCAAUCCAACCACGCUGCCUCCUGGCUAUGCUUACUUUUACGGAGCCAAUGUUGUACCUGGAAGCUUCCAAUACAGCGCACCCUUAUAUCCGUUGCCGACCCCCGCCACAAACACGCAUGCUGCCACUAACAGCACGCAGUAUGCAAAGCCAGCCGGCUACACGGGUUUUGGCACCAGCUAUGACAGCCUGGCUGGCCAAGGUGCUGCUGACUACAGCAAGAGCAGCAGCGGCUAUGUCAACGCCAGCAGUCAGGGAGGCCAGAGCGGCAAGGGUAGUGUGGUCGGUAGCGGAGGUACUACUGGCUCGGCCACUGGGUCUGCUUCAGAUAUUACGUCCGCCAUGUACGGCAAGCCGCACCCUGCUCUCGGCAAAGUCAAUUCAUACGAUAAGCAAAGCUACUCAGCCGCGCCGCAGCCGUUCAGCUUGCCGGCUUCCCAGACAGGCCAGAUCGGAGCGGGUGCCACGCAGUACGCUCCUCUCUUCAUUCCAGCGAUGCCUCAGCAGAUGCAUCAGCAACUGCAUCAGAUGGAGUAUAGGAACCAGGGCAGACGCUCGGACUCUGGCACUGGCUCAGGACAGCGUUCGCAGACAAGUUCUCAGCAGAACAAGACUAGCAAGCAGGGAUACAACACUUUCUGGACUCAGAAUUAACCUAACAGACAAAAUCUUCUCUUCUUUCUUAUUUUGUACUUGAAUGUAACGGUUGCCACUCACAUACAUAGAGACAAGACACACAUCAAAAGCAUCAAGGGUUUGCAAAGAUCAAUCAGUCGGUCAAGACUGAUUUUUGAAACAUUUUGUUCGAUCUUAUUUUUCACGACUGUCUAGGCAAUUGUCGAGUUGCCUAAAAUAAAAUAUUAACACAAACACAAGAGUUAAUUGAAAACAAUAUCCAUUUUUUGGGGAUUGCGUGCAAUCUGGAAAUUGCGCUCAAAAAAGCAGCGUACGUGCAACUUUUUUUUAAGGGUUAAUUUAAACGUUUGCUCGCCCUUUUAAUUUGAAAAAUUACGCAGUACUCCAGGAAACCUAAAUUGAUUGAUGACAUGAUGUGAAUAGUUUUUUUCCUGUAGUUGGUAAUUAUUGUGUAAACGUAACUGUAUUCUAGGAUUAUUAAAAAUCAUUAAACUAAACAGCGCCGGAACAUUUUUUUACGGAAUGGUCAUGUAUUAUUUUUAUUUAUUACUCUUAGUGGAAACAUGCAUUCUCACGCAAAUGCGGCACUUGAUCUGACAGAAUUAUAAAGUUUACUGUGCUGGUCGUGCUGCACCAUCCUCAAUCCGUUUUCUUCUACUGAAUGUGUCCUGCGUGUUGGAUCAACUUGAGAGGGGGUUGAGUUGUGUCUAUUGAAAGAAAUGUGUAGCGAAGUAAGCUGGCAAUGGCCCUCACUUUUGUUGUAAAGAUAAAUUGCAACACACAACAUAAUUAAAUAAUUCAUAAUUGAUAA